AUGCGCAUCAGGCUGGGGGACAAGGCUGCAAGGGAGGCUGAGAAACAGGCUGCCCUUGAGGCAGAGAAACAAAAGCUCUCGGUCUGCCCUCCAUGCACACCUGAGGGUGGGCCCAUCGGCAAGAAGUGCAUUUUCCUGUGCGGCAGCCAGUAUGGCAUCACGCGGAGCAGCGUCGAUCCGAGCAGAUUCAUCGAGUGGGAGUACCCUGACGGCUCGGGAACGGCCGAUAUGUUCUGCGCCAACACCUACCGCUAUGACUUCAAGGCGAAGGGCACCAGGGAGGAAGUCGUCAAUUGGAUGAACGAGAGCAAGGACAACCGCGACCAGUUCCACGGGAAGAGGAAGAUGAAGCUCACCAAGGCGCAGGCUAAAUUCGCCAAGGGGACCUGGAACUCCGAGCGAAAGGGCCGCGGCAGCUCAACCAAGAAGCUCGAGAGGCAGAUGGGGGAGUACGAGUCCCAGGUCAGCAAGACUGCGCAGAAGAAGUUGGGGCACAAGCGCGUGAAGCUGCACGGCCAGGACGUCGUGAUAAUGCCAGCGGCGAAAGGCACGCCGUGGAAAUUGCAGCCCAAAUUCAUGACCAACUUGCUGGCCACUGAGAGGAUCCACUCCGAGGAUUCGGACGAUUCGGAGGACGUCGUGGACGCAGCCUUUGACGAGCUCUGCGACGAGCAAGAGGCGCAGCUGGAGGAGGCGACCCGGGGGGCCAAGUCCUUGCAGGAGAUGAUCGCGGCCGUGCAGGCGGAGACGAAGACCGCGAAUAAGG